AUCUCUGAUUGUUUCUCUAUUUUCCAAUUACACUUUUCCUAUGAAUAUUUUCAUUGAUAAGACAGUUAAACUAACUGAUAUAUCCUAUAUCGUAUGUCGGAGUAUGGAUUUGGAAUAUGGUUACAGGAGACCCGAAAUGUGCGAUAGUGAAUCUACAACUGGUUAUGGUCAAUCGUCAUCGUUAAUUCAGUGUGAUUUUAUGGCCCGUAGUAUGAAAAAUUGUAGAUUUAUAGUAAUGGGUUUUAUUCUUACGUCAUCGCUAUGUAAAUUUCACUGUCGUAAGCCCGAUAAUAACCAAUCGUGGAAAGAAAAUCAAUUUAGGAUUUAUUCAUCUGAAAAUUUAAUAUUAUACAAAAAUAGCUCAACUAAUCUUUCAACUAUUUCUGGCGAACUUCAAAUAUUCGUAAAAAAUUUGUGGUACGCCGUCUACGUUCCACUAUUCCAAAAAUUUGAAGCUGACAUCAUUUGCAAGCAUUUCCUUUUCAAAAAUGGUACAUAUUUUAAGGUUGACUUUUCCAAGGAAAAGUACUACUACGAAAUGAACUUUUGGUUGGAAUGUGAUAAAAAUGUUACAAGUUUUCUUCAGUGCAGGUUAAGAUAUUUGAAUAGAAAAACAGUUAGACAAAAAAUUGGUAUUAAAUGCGUUCAAGAAAGUGAUUUAAUAUCUUGCAAUAAAGAAAAUACUUUAAGCUAUGAUGGAAAAUGUUACAUUUAUCAAUUUUUAAAGGAACGAAUAUCUUUCGAUGCUAGUGAAAAAGCAUGUAAGAAUGUAAACAUGACAUUGAUGUCUUUAUCAGUUAGAUUUAAAGUUAAUAUGAUCUACUUAUUGGAUUUUUAUUAUAAUGCGGCUGAUGUUAAACUUUCCCAAGCUCAACUGUCAAAAUUCUCUAGAUUUAAGAAAGAACUCCCAUUCGGAAUAAAACGGUUGAAAAAUAUCUAUAAUCAAUACGAAAGAACUACAACAGAUAACGUUCCCUUGGACAUAUCUGGUUUAUGGGAUAACACCGCCUACAUGUAA